UGCUGACUUAUGAUGCUAUUUUCUCAGAGACUAGUGUUGUGUUUCACUUUAAAAACAUUUGACACUUAAUUUCAAUCUUGAUGAUCGGUUUUGCCAAGUUUCAUCUUUUUAAUAUGUCUUCAAGUAUGUGAACAGUGUUUAUACAAUUAAGGUUUCUUAUAUAUAUCUCCAUGGUGACGUUUCUUUUGCGGUUCAGUAUAUUUCCCUUUGUAGGUGGAUAUAUGAUGCUGAUAGUUCCUGCAGAAGAUAGAGAAAGAAAAUAUGGUCAAAGCAGAGUCCAUUUACACAACAUGUGGGCAGCUAUGACGUCAGUUUGGCGACUGUUCCGUGAUACGGAUCUCAUCACAGAGUGUGAGUACAAGGCAACCAACUACUCCGGUUACUACAGAAGUGAGGAGGAACUGAGAGCACCGUUUUGUGACGAGGCCUCUCCAGUUGUCAAGGCAGGUUUACGAAUCAAGUCCCUGGAGAUAUCCCACCGAGUACCUUACAGCAUGAAACAGAUGAAGAAAACCAAGAAGGAAAAUGGUGGGAAAGAAGACAUAGAUACAUCGGUUGGGAGAUUUCUUUGGACAAUCCGAUCCUGGACAGAACAUAUUUUCCUGCAGGCUCUAUCCAGCAGAUCCCAAGUGUCCAGGCGGGACGUAGUCAACACAUUCUAUGACAGACUGUUGGAGCAUUUGAAACAACAAGACAUGUCCAGCUGUGGCUGGAAUAAUAUCAUAGCCUAUAUCGUCAUCACAAAGAAAUGAAUGUACAAGGUUACUGUAUAUAUCUGAAUACAUUACUUUCAUCUAAACAGUAUAGAGGUUGUGUAGGAAGUUUGACCACAGUGUUCUACUCCCACAUCUCUAGCUCAAUCACUCUAUACCAUCUAUCGUGCAAUGAUCAUUAAAACCAGAUCUUAGUU